AUGGAGCAUUUCAGAGAUGAGGGUCAGUCAACGCUCCUCAUCGCCACGAAUACCUGCCGCAUUCUGGCACUGGACAUGAAGACCAUGCUACCAGUCUUUACUUUGGAGAACCCCGUCCACCAUGGAACUCCAACAACAUUCUGCUGCGACCGGCGCCAUACCUGGCUGCUCAUCGGAACCACUCAUGGAGUUCUCGAUUUGUGGGACCUUCGGUUCCGGGUACGACUCAAAGCUUGGGGUCUACCAGGUUGGGGCUAUAUCCACCGGGUUCAGCUACAUCCCAUCAAAUCACGAGGGCGCUGGGUUUGUGUGUCUAGCAGCGGGAUUCACGGGAAUGAAAUCACCGUUUGGGAUAUUGAGAAGUUCCGCUGUCGCGAAGUCUACCAAGCGGCGCCGCUGAAUUCCAGCGAGACGGCCACUCCCAAUGGCUCAGCCCCGACUACUCAUCAUCGGAGCUCCCGGGGCAUCGCCACUAGCCGGGCACACCGUCUUAGCGCAAGGGAUUUCGAGGCCUGGCCUGUUGACGAGGACCGACCGGAGGGCAUGCUCAGCCGUUUUGCUACAACGAGCCCCGCCGCAGCUGGUCUCGAGGCUGGCCCACCGGUCGUUGGCAACAACGGCUCAGCAGCAGCACCCACCAACCUCGCAGGCGAUCGAAUGGGCACGUUGGCAUUCAUAGGAGGUCUGAAUACCCCGGAUGAUGACAAGGCCGCCAGCAGCAACAGCAAACUCGGAUUCAUCGUCUCGGCUGGAAGCGACCGACGAAUUCGGUUCUGGGAUCUUGCCAACCCGGCAGGCUCGAUGAUAGUCAGCGGACUGGAUGCCGUUGCCAAUGGCACUGCUGCGAGCAAGCCACAGUACGAGACCACCCAGCCUGGACCCCACCUCUCGAUGGUGAUAGAACAUAUGCCUCGCUCGUCGGGCGAUGGUGCCGCUGCUGCUGUUUCCAAGAAGGGAGCUAGUCCACGGCCACCCCGCAGCACCGUGAUCAGUCUUCAACAGCAGAUGCUUCUUAAGAGUCAUCUGGAUAUCAUUCAGGAUGUCGCGGUGCUACGUCAGCCGUAUGGGAUGAUCGUGAGUGUAGACAGGGCGGGUAUGGUGUACGUUUUUAAGUAG